CCGGUCGCUCUUGCGCCGAAAACGCCGCGAUUCGCGCAAAAUAAUUUUGACGUACGUCAACAAACAAUAAUUUCGAAUUUCAUUUUCCAAUUUCGAAUUCUUAACUGCCAGUGCCGAUUUUAAAUUUUAAUCGAAAUGUGAGUUCCGUUUUUGAAUUUGAACUUCGUUAGGCUGUGAGAGGAUAGUGCUGUGUGUGAUAUUUAAAUGCAGUAUUUAUAGUGAACAAAUUUUGUGAGCGAUGGAUGGGGAGAAUCGGAUUAUUUUAAACGUUGGUGGUAUUCGAUACGAAACAUACAAGGCGACGUUAAAGAAAAUCCCUGCCACGAGGCUUUCAAGGCUGACGGAGGCGCUUGCCAACUACGAUCCUGUGCUCAACGAGUACUUCUUCGACAGGCACCCCGGGGUCUUCGCACAGGUCCUCAACUAUUACAGGACUGGCAAACUCCACUACCCCACAAAUGUCUGCGGGCCGUUGUUCGAAGAGGAAUUGGAGUUCUGGGGUCUCGACUCCAACCAGGUGGAACCCUGCUGCUGGUCUACCUACAGCAUACACCGAGACACUCAGAAUACCCUGGCGAUUCUGGACAAACUGGACAUCGACAGCGAGAAACCAUCGGAGGAAGAAAUCGCCAGGCUGUUUGGUUAUGAAGAGGCUUACCUCAAUGGAGAACUUGGAGUUUGGCAGCGGCUCAAGCCCAAAGUUUGGGCUUUGUUUGACGAGCCUUCAAGUUCACCACCUGCUAAGGUGAUAUCAGCUAUAUCAGUCUUCUUCAUCUGCGUCUCAGUCCUGUCCUUCUGUCUCAAGACGCAUCCCGACCUUCGGGUCAUCACGCCUACAGUAGCUCCUUAUGAAGACGAGGACUUCGAGAAUUCCACAGCCGUGAUGGAGCUGAGACCUUGGCAGGACAACGGGCAGCCUCACGUGUUCUUCUUCUAUAUAGAGUUGGUGUGCAAUGUGUGGUUCACUAUAGAACUGUUUGUGCGAUCUGUGGUAGCGCCGAACAUGAUAGACUUCAUAAGAUCGCCAGUUAACAUAAUAGACUUUAUAGCUACAUUAAGUUUUUAUAUGGACGUUGUUGUUGAACUAACCGUUGUCAGGCAGUAUGUGGAAAAAGCCGACAUUUUAGAGUUCAUAUCCAUAAUAAAGAUAUUGAGACUGUUCAAGUUGACGAGGCACAGUCCAGGGUUGAAGAUUUUGGUGCACACGUUCAAAGCCUCGGCCAAAGAGUUGACAUUGUUAGUGUUUUUUUUGGUGUUAGGCAUAGUGAUAUUUGCAAGUCUUGUUUAUUACGCGGAGAAGUCUCAGGACAAUCCGGACAACCAAUUCAAGUCGAUACCCCUCGGACUGUGGUGGGCUAUCGUGACCAUGACCACUGUGGGUUACGGCGAUAUGGCGCCGAAGACAUAUCUGGGCAUGUUCGUGGGCGCCCUCUGCGCGCUGGCCGGGGUGCUGACGAUAGCCCUCCCCGUUCCGGUCAUCGUGUCCAACUUCUCAAUGUUCUACUCCCAUACGCAGGCCCGGUCAAAACUUCCAAAGAAGCGGCGGCGAGUGUUGCCAGUCGAGCAGCCGCGGAGAAAGCGCGAACCCAGCGCCUCCAACCGGCGCGUGAACGCGGUGAAACAUCCAGUGGUUCUCAAAGACCUCUCGCCUGGAAGUAAUAAGUUCGGAGUCAAUGGCAUGAAUAUGAUCAGCUUAGCCCUGCAAGCACCACCGAGCUUGCUGCGACCACCGACCACGACCACCCAACCACUGCAAGCCAGGGCCCCAAUCGUUGAGAGUCCCAUAAUCAACACGCAGUCAGGAGCCAUAUCCCUUGCGUCAUUGCAACCACCAUUGAUGACAGCCCCUCCCCUGCAACCAAGACCUGCAACCACGGGAUCCUUAGAUCUGAUGUUACCAUUGCAACCAAAACUAUUACCCGGAUACAACCUACAGUCAUCAUUUCUCUCCAGCACCCUAUCGACUGUCCGACCACCAGAUUUACCCGGUAAAAACUCAGAUAGUUUCAAUCCAAGCGUUCAAGUGAUCAUUGAAAAUAGAGAAUCCGUUUCUGAUAUUUCAGCACGUGAUAGUAAUAUUGAUUCGGGUAAGAGUUGUGAAAAUUUAGAUAGGGUUUCUGAUAUUCAAAAUAGUAUUAGUAGUGCCAAUGACAGUGAUGAUCAGAAUAUAGUGAAUGAUGCUUACAAUGCAACAGAUAGUUCAUAUAAAGAUGAAAUCAAUUCGAAUGUUAUAGAUGCCAAAACUGACACUAGUGUAGUUAGUAGCUCAAAUGAUAAUAGUCCUAAUAAUAAUUCGUAUUAAUUUGUUACAACUGAAUUUAUCACAGGAACGUUUUUUUUUACAAUUCCUAGUGUCUCUCUGCAUGGUUUUAAUUUCUCCUUAGCUCUAGGCGUUCAA